UACUUAAUAAGGGAAUGCAGUAUUGGCGGCGCUGAUUGUUGAGGGCAGAUCGUGUGUGCCCAUAUGGACAGUGUGCUGCGGGGGGUUUAUCCCACAUUACUCGGGCAGUGAACCGGGCUGAGGGCAGUUAAGUGCCGAGGGAUAUUGGAGGCAGGCUAAUCUCUAUCUUUUCUUGCCAAGAUGAGCCUCGGCGUUGCAGGGCCCAACAUAAUGGCAUUGGCCGGCACAUCAUCAUCAUCUGGAAGAGGAAUAGGGAAGAUGACCAGCUUUGUUCCCGAGCUCCAGAGCAUGAUGUUCUCCUUGGGUGAUGCCCGCCGCCCGUUACAUGAAACCGCUGUCCUGGUGGAAGAUAUUGUUCACACACAGCUUAUCAAUAUGUUGCAGCAGGCAGCCGAAGUGUCCCAGAUGAGGGGUGCGCGGGUCAUUUCCGCUGAAGAUCUCCUUUUCCUCAUGCGUCGGGAUAAGAAGAAAUUACGGAGGUUGCUGAAAUACAUGGUCUUCCGUGACUACAAGUCCAAGAUCUUGAAAGGAAUAGAAGAAGAUGACGUUGAAGAGAAAUUCAACAGCAACAACAAUUCCAACAAACGGCAAAAGCUGGCGCAAGACUUUCUCAUCUCCAUCGACCAGACAGGAGAGCUUCUAGCCCUGAUGGAAGAUGAUGAGGUUGAUGACGUUAAACAGGAACGGAUGGAGAGAGCAGAGAAACAAACCCGAGGGAUGGACUCAACACAAUAUGCUGAAUUCUGUGAGAGCCGGCAGCUGAGCUUCUCUAAAAAGGCCUCUAAGUUCCGAGACUGGCUCGACUGCAGCAGCAUGGAGAUCAAGCCCAAUGCUGUAGCCAUGGAGAUCUUGGCUUACUUGGCCUAUGAGUCUGUAGCCCAGUUAGUGGAUCUGGCCCUUUUGGUUAAACAAGAUAUGGCUCCCAAGACUUGUGACCCAUUCACACAUGCAAUGUCCGCUGCCUACAUUCAGAGCCGCAAUACAGCUGAGUUGCUUGCUCAGACAGCACCACUGAAGAGUAACCCGGACACGCCAGAGAAUACACCGCCAGCCACCCCCAACCCUCCCUCUGUUGUAGCUCAGCACCAGGGUAAGGGCCUAGCUGGAGCUCUUGGAAAUGGUGUAGACUCCAAAACCAAGCAGAGGAAAAGAAAAAAGAGUGCAGCUGCUGGUGGGAUCGAGGCAAACAGUGAUGCCAUCCAGCCCAGCCACAUCAGAGAGGCGAUCCGGCGCUACAGCCACAAGAUUGGCCCGCUCUCCCCAUUCACGAGCGCUUACCGCAGGACCGGGAUGCCUUUUUUAGCCUGUUAAUAUGGAUGUUGCAGAAGAAACAGGAGGGUUAUAUUAAGGUGGUCUCUUCCUCGGUCAAAAAAAGAAAAAAAGGGAAGGAAGGAGAAGUUAGCGUCUGUGCUUCUCGUCGGUGGAAUUGUUUGUUGUGACUAUAGACUGACUGUAUGUCUCGUUUUCCAACCCCCUCAGUCGUUACUUGUUUACUGGCCGGAACGUUGAGCCAAUUAAUGGCAGGAUGUUUGGGACGGUGCGUAGGUGGAGGAGGCACAUCACACAGCUUUGUCACUGCCGAUGAGAGGAUGACUGUCAGCCCACAAGUCCAAACUGCCCCGUCAUCUCUUCUGAGCUGGGUGGAGACCUUUUUUCUUCUGUCUCUUCUCAGCUGGGAUCAAGGAAAAUUAUACAGGGUUAUUUUCGUCACCCUGUACAAACAAAUACUUCUUUUUCCACAUUUUUUUUUCUAAUCAUGCAGUUUUUUUUUUGUGUUCAUUGUUAUUGCCGCAGUUUGAUAUAUAAAUGUUCCUUUUAUUUUGCAUUAAACAUUAAUCAAUAAAAA